AUGGAAGAAGCGAAUUCCUAAGAAGAAAACUAAGACCAUAAAUAACAAUAAGAAGAAAUUUUAUUAAUUGAAGAACUUUCUACAGAAGACUUAGUAAAUAACUAUGGAGUCUCUGAGGGAAAAGUAGACUUAUAUUGCAAAAAAGCAUAAGAAAUCCUUUCACGAUCUGAACAAAAUAAAUUAUUUGGAGCAGAAUUUGUACUCGGAACAGCAGUUUUAUAGAGACGGAAUUCAAUAAAAAGAAUAUCUACAGGUUCGAAAAGUUUAAACGAAAUACUUAACGGAGGUAUUGAAUCUUAAAGUAUUACAGAAUUCUAUGGUGAAUAUCGUACAGGAAAAACUUAAAUAGUACACACUUUAUGCGUAUUAGCUUAAUUAGAAAACCAUUGUUCUUAACCUGGAAAAAUACUCUAUAUAGAUACUGAAGGUACUUUUAGACCUGAAAGAGUUUGCUAAAUAGCAUCUUUUUAUGGAAUAGAAGGUGAAGAGGCAUUAAAUAAUAUAGUCUAUGGGAGAGCAUAUACAGUAGACUAAUAAAUGAUUUUAUUAACUAAAUCAGCUGCUAUAAUGGUAGAGGAGAAUAAUUUUGCGUUGAUUAUUGUAGAUUCUAUCAUGGCAAAUUUUAGAUGUGAUUUUUCAGGCAGAGGUGAACUUUCGGAAAGAUAGUAGAGUUUGGGAAAAUUUCUAAGUAGAUUAUAAAGAGUUGCUGCAGAAUUUAAUGUUGCUGUAGUUAUUACUAAUUAAGUUAUGGCAGAUCCUUCUGGAGGAAUGGCAGGUGGAGCCCCACCAUAACCAAAACCGAUUGGAGGACAUAUUUUGGCACAUAGUUCAACUUAAAGGUUAUUUAUGAGAAAGAAAAAUGAUAAUAUUAGGAAAAUCAAACUUGUAGAUUCACCUUAUUUAUAAGAUAAAGAAGUUGAUAUUACAGUAAGUGAUAAAGGAAUAGGAGAUGUAUGA